CCUGGCCAGGUGCUCUUCCAAUCCCCAGCCCCUAGGAAACAAAAAGCAUGGUCUGCUAUAGAAGCAGAUAGCGUGAGAUUUUAGAUGCAUGUUGUGUGCUGUGCAUUCCAUUCGCAGCACUGAAACUGAAGAAGUGGACUGAUAUUUCAUUAAGAUAUUAAAGAAAUGGUCAAUUUUGAUUCCCAGCACACAGGUCGCCUAUUGCGUUUUGAUAAGAGGUUCAAGCGCCUGCACUGACCCACCUGGCGCGCACCUUUGUGUCAGAGAGGGGUUUAGGAAUAACAUUUGAAUAAAACAUCGUGGCCCUUCAAUCGUCAGGAGUCUUUGAGGUAGAGUAUCGUUAUAGUUCAAAAGUUAGUGCGGCUUCAGCUGAUACGGGACGGAAGGGAGUCUUGGAGCAUACAAAAAAAAUAUUAUUUUUGUACAGGUAUUAAGAUGAGCGGCGAGUCAGCGGAACCCGCAGAUACCCGAAACGAUCAAGCAGGAGAUGAAAGAAAUGGGCUUGACUUCACAAGACAUCACAUCACGCUUCGCCUUUUCGACUCAGUCAGGUGUCACUCAUAAUGUUUUUCAGAUUAAGACGGAGGACAUCAGCGAUUCACCCCAAUCCGUGGUCAAUCGCAAAAACUGCCACCUGACCCCGGGCUCAUCAGCUUCAGGAGGGCAGUUGUCUGGGGACCUGCCCACGCUGCACCCCCUGCAGCAGCUGGUUCUGGUUCCAGGGUCUCACCUGCCCCCUACAUCCCAGUUCCUGCUCUCACAGACCCAGCCAGGGCACCAAGCUCUUCUGCAACCAAACCUGCUGUCCUUGCCAACACAGUCGCAGGCAGGCCUGCUGCAGCACCAGUCUGGAUUAGGGCUGAAUUCCCAGGCAGUUGGUCGGUCAGGCCUGUCGGGGUCCUCUCUAGACAGCCACCUAGAGAUUCCGUCACACCUGCAGGUCCCGAAACUCAUGGGGUCCUCGAGUCAGCAGGACGAGCCCAGCGACCUGGAGGAGCUGGAGCAGUUUGCCAAGGCUUUCAAACAGAGGCGGAUCAAGCUGGGCUUCACACAGGGCGAUGUAGGCUUGGCCAUGGGCAAGCUCUAUGGGAAUGAUUUCAGUCAGACCACUAUUUCCCGGUUCGAGGCUCUUAACCUGAGCUUUAAAAACAUGUGCAAACUGAAACCGCUGCUGGAGAAGUGGCUGAGCGACGCAGAGAACUCUCCUUCGGAAACCAUGGGGAGUGCUUCCUCCAUGCCCCCCCUGAUCGAGGGCUUUGGGAGGAAGAGGAAGAAAAGAACGAGCAUCGAGACCAACAUCCGCAUGACCAUGGAGAAGCGCUUUCAGGACAACCCCAAGCCCAGCUCGGAGGAGAUCACGCUGAUCUCGGAGGAGCUGGCCAUGGAGAAGGAGGUGGUCCGGGUCUGGUUCUGUAACCGACGGCAGAAGGAGAAGAGGAUUUGCUGUCCCCUCUUAAACACCAUGAAGCCCCAGGUCUACAGCUCCAGACUGGUUUCCACAUCCGGAUCGUUCAGUCCUCUAUCAGUCUCCCAGGCUCACAGCACUAUGAGUGGAGUGUCGUCCAGCUCUUCACCGGGCAGUCCCAGCAGGGGGUCCCCUCCACUCAGCAUCUCAUCCAGUGGUGGGGCGCUGACCUCGCAGAGCAGCGUCCAGUCCCUCAACGGCGCCGGGUCUUGGUACAGGAACUGGAACCACUCCUCCUAUCUCCACUGAAGAGUCCAGAGAAACACAGCUCACUGUUAGCAAAGCUUCAGAGCGUUUCAUGCAUAAAGCAGUUUGAUAGUCAUCAAUAUCCACAGGCUAUUUUAUUCAUAUUGAGGGGAAAAAAAGAGCUUCUACAAGCCUUUCAAUUUCAAUACAUCUUACUACAGCACUCUCUAGUGGAAGAACAGAAGACACGAAGGAAGGCUGUGUAAAUGUACACACAGUAAGACUUCAUUUACAUUAGAAACCCACUACACAAAACAUUGAGGACUGCCAUUACAAGACUGGAAACGCCUCUGUGUGGUUGGAGAAGAUUUGGAUAUGAUAGUACUGUACGAUAACGUAGUCUUUUUUUUAUAUAUAUAUAAAACUGUUACUGUUAUUUUUUGAAUACAGAAUUUAUAAUAAUGUUUACAACUUCUAUGUUUUUUCCUGGCAUUUAAGUGAUCGGGUUUGCAUCCACAGUUUGAAUAGCAUCUGCUGUAUAGGGAACGUUCUGGUAAUUUUCUAUAUGGGGUUUAGAGAUGCACACUCAAAAUGUUCCCCAGUAACCAUAGCUACGACCAUUGCGUGGACUUUUCUCCAAACCCUAGAACGCACCAUGACGUCACUCAGGUAAAAUCGAGCUGUUACACUACAAAGCUGUACAUGUUCUAAUAAUGCAACAUUUUACAGGGAAUCUCUAUGCAGCCCGUGCUCUCAACAUAAUUACAUAAUAAGGUCAAUUAAAUAUGUAAUAAAACAUUGCGGCAUUACACCUUUACAAGGAGUCUUGGUUGGUUUUCACAUUGUUUCAUUGUUGUUGAAGAUUGAUGUACUUAUGAAUGUUUUGUUUAUUUUUGUAUUUUUUAUUUUCUGCGGGGCGGUUGAGGACAGGCGUUUGGACCCAGUGUAAUUUAAAUUAAAAAUAAAUGUAGAGUUUUGUUUUUUAUUUGCUUUCGACAUUGACAGCUUUUAGGGGGGCAUUUUGUUAUUUAAAAAAAAAAAAAGUUAUUGAAAAUUAUUAAAACCUGUAAAUAUAAAAAUGUG